AUGAGCUCUGACGCGGAGAUGGCUGUUUUUGGAGAAGCAGCUCCCUACCUCCGGAAACCAGAGAAGGAACGGAUUGAGGCUCAAAACCGUCCAUUUGAUUCUAAGAAAGCCUGCUUUGCAGUGGAUGAUAAGGAAAUGUACGUGAAAGGGAUGAUCCAGAACAGGGAGAAUGAUACGGUCACAGUCAAGACCCUAGACGACCGGAUAGUCACUCUGAACAGUGACCAGGUGUUCCCCAUGAACCCUCCCAAAUUUGACAAGAUAGAGGACAUGGCCAUGAUGACCCACCUACACGAGCCUGGAGUGCUGUACAACCUCAAAGAGCGCUACGCAGCCUGGAUGAUCUACACCUACUCAGGCCUUUUCUGCGUCACCAUCAAUCCCUACAAGUGGCUGCCUGUGUACAACCCUGAGGUGGUGGCUGCCUACCGAGGCAAAAAGCGCCAGGAGGCUCCUCCCCACAUCUUCUCCAUCUCUGACAAUGCCUAUCAGUUCAUGCUGACUGAUCGAGACAACCAGUCCAUCCUUAUCACUGGAGAAUCCGGAGCUGGGAAGACGGUGAACACCAAGCGUGUCAUCCAAUACUUUGCAACAAUUGCAGUUACUGGAGACAAAAAGAAGGAGCCACAGCCAGGCAAAAUGCAGGGAACUUUGGAGGAUCAGAUCAUCCAGGCCAACCCCCUGCUGGAGGCCUUUGGAAACGCCAAGACCGUGAGGAAUGACAACUCCUCCAGAUUCGGGAAGUUCAUUCGGAUCCAUUUCGGAGCCACAGGAAAGCUGGCAUCAGCAGACAUUGAGACCUAUCUCUUAGAAAAAUCCAGAGUGACAUUUCAGUUAUCCAGUGAAAGAAGCUAUCAUAUUUUUUACCAGAUCAUGUCAAACAAAAAGCCAGAACUAAUUGACCUGCUUCUGAUUUCAACCAAUCCCUUUGACUUUCCCUUCAUAAGUCAAGGAGAGGUCACCGUAGCCAGCAUUGAUGACAGUGAAGAACUGUUGGCCACUGAUAAUGCCAUUGACAUCUUGGGCUUCAACUCAGAGGAGAAGGUGGGGAUCUACAAGCUGACAGGAGCUGUGAUGCAUUAUGGGAACAUGAAGUUCAAGCAGAAGCAGCGAGAGGAGCAGGCAGAGCCAGACGGCACAGAAGUGGCUGACAAAGCUGCAUAUCUGAUGGGUCUGAAUUCUGCAGAAAUGUUGAAAGGCCUGUGUUAUCCAAGGGUGAAGGUUGGGAAUGAAUAUGUCACUAAAGGGCAAAAUGUCCAGCAGGUGACCAACUCAGUGGGUGCCCUGGCUAAGGCCAUCUAUGAGAAGAUGUUCCUGUGGAUGGUCACCCGCAUCAACCAGCAGCUGGACACCAAGCAGCCCAGGCAGUACUUCAUCGGGGUCUUGGACAUUGCUGGCUUUGAGAUCUUUGACUACAACAGCCUGGAGCAGCUGUGCAUCAACUUCACCAAUGAGAAACUGCAACAGUUCUUCAACCACCACAUGUUCGUGCUGGAGCAAGAGGAGUACAAGAAGGAGGGCAUCGAGUGGGAGUUCAUCGACUUCGGGAUGGACCUGGCGGCCUGCAUUGAGCUCAUAGAAAAGCCCAUGGGCAUCUUCUCCAUCCUGGAAGAGGAGUGCAUGUUCCCCAAGGCCACAGACGCUUCCUUUAAGAACAAGCUGUAUGACCAGCACCUGGGCAAGUCCAACAACUUCCAGAAGCCCAAGCCCACCAAAGGCAAGGCUGAGGCCCACUUCUCACUGGUGCACUACGCGGGCACAGUGGACUACAACAUUGCUGGCUGGCUUGACAAGAACAAGGACCCCCUAAACGAGACUGUGGUCGGGCUGUAUCAGAAGUCUUCCCUAAAGUUGCUGUCCUUCCUUUUCUCCAGCUAUGCAGGUGCAGAAGCAGGUGACCCCGUGGGAAGUAAGAAGGGUGGAAAGAAGAAGGGCUCUUCCUUCCAGACUGUUUCUGCCAUGUUCAGGGAAAACUUAAACAAGCUGAUGACCAAUCUGAGAAGCACACACCCUCACUUUGUACGGUGUCUGAUCCCCAAUGAGACCAAGACUCCAGGUGUGAUGGACCACUACCUGGUGAUGCACCAGCUGCGUUGUAACGGGGUACUUGAGGGCAUCCGGAUCUGUAGGAAAGGAUUCCCCAGCCGCAUCCUCUAUGCUGACUUCAAGCAGCGGUACCGGAUCCUCAAUGCCUGUGCCAUUCCGGAAGGACAGUUUAUUGAUAGCAAGAAUGCUUCUGAGAAACUUCUGAGCUCCAUUGAUGUGGACCGGGAGCAGUACAGGUUUGGCCACACCAAGGUGUUUUUCAAAGCGGGGCUCCUGGGCCUUUUGGAGGAGAUGAGAGACGAGAAGCUGGUGACCCUGAUGACAUGUACCCAGGCUGUGUGCAGGGGGUACCUGAUGCGGGUGGAGUUCAGAAAGAUGAUGGAGAGGAGGGACUCCAUCUUCUGCAUCCAAUACAACAUUCGUUCAUUCAUGAACGUCAAGCACUGGCCCUGGAUGAACUUGUUCUUCAAGAUCAAGCCCCUGCUCAAGAGUGCUGAGGCUAAGAAGGAGAUGGCCACCAUGAAGGAGGACUUUGAGAAGACCAAGGAAGAGCUGGCUAGAUCUGAGGCUCGCCGGAAGGAGAUGGAGGAGAAAAUGGUCUCCCUAUUGCAGGAAAAGAAUGAUCUCCAGCUACAGGUUCAGUCUGAAACUGAAAAUCUGAUGGACGCCGAGGAACGGUGUGAGGGGCUCAUCAAAAGCAAGGUUCAGUUGGAAGCCAAAGUCAAAGAGUUGACAGAGAGACUAGAAGAAGAAGAAGAAACAAAUUCUGAACUAGUCGCAAAGAAGAGGAACCUGGAAGAUAAAUGUUCCUCUCUCAAGAAAGACAUUGAUGACCUGGAACUGACCCUGAGUAAAGUAGAAAAAGAGAAGCAUGCCACAGAGAACAAGGUAAAGAAUCUGUCUGAAGAAAUGACAGCUCUUGAAGAGAAUAUUUCCAAAUUGACCAAAGAGAAGAAAUCUCUACAGGAAGCCCAUCAGCAAACCUUGGAUGAUCUUCAGGCUGAGGAAGAUAAAGUCAAUGGUCUAAUCAAAAUCAAUGUCAAGCUUGAACAGCAAACGGAUGAUCUCGAGGGUUGCUUAGAGCAGGAGAAGAAACUACGGGCAGACCUGGAAAGAAUGAAGAGGAAGCUGGAAGGAGACCUGAAAAUGUCCCAGGAAUCCAUCAUGGAUCUAGAAAAUAACAAGCAACGAGUAGAGGAGAAACUGAAGAAGAAAGAAUUUGAAAUCAGCCAGUUACAGACCAAAAUUGACGACGAACAAGUUCACAGCUUACAGUUACAAAAGAAGAUUAAAGAACUUCAGGCCCGCACUGAAGAGCUGGAGGAAGAGAUCGAAGCCGAGCACACACUCAGAGCCAAGAUUGAGAAGCAGCGCUCUGACCUUUCCCAGGAACUGGAGGAGAUCAGUGAGCGUCUGGAAGAAGCCAGUGGAGCGACUUCAGCCCAGAUUGAGAUGAACAAGAAGAGGGAGGCUGAGUUCCAGAAAAUGCGCAGGGACCUGGAGGAGGCCACCCUGCAGCAUGAGGCCACCGCGGCUACUCUGAGAAAGAAGCAUGCAGACAGUGUGGCUGAGCUCGGGGAGCAGAUUGACAACCUGCAGCGGGUCAAACAGAAGCUGGAAAAGGAGAAGAGCGAAAUGAAGAUGGAAAUCGAUGACUUGGUCAGCAACAUUGAGACCGUCUCCAAGUCUAAGAGUAACAUAGAAAGGAUGUUCCGGACUGUUGAAGACCAAUUCAGUGAAAUCAAGGUCAAGGAUGAUCAGCAGACACAGUUAAUCCAUGAUCUGAACAUGCAGACGGCUCGACUGCAGACCCAAAACGGAGAGUUGAGUCGCCAAGUGGAAGAGAAGGAGUCCCUGAUUUCACAGCUAACCAAAGGCAAGCAGGCCCUCACCCAGCAGCAGGAGGAGCUUAAGAGACAACUGGAAGAAGAAACCAAGGCCAAGAACGCCCUGGCCCACUCCCUGCAGUCCUCCCGCCACGACUGUGACCUGCUGCGGGAACAAUAUGAGGAGGAGCAGGAAUCCAAGGCUGAGCUGCAGAGGGCGCUCUCCAAGGCCAACACAGAGGUUGCCCAGUGGAGGACCAAAUACGAGACGGACGCCAUCCAGCGCACGGAGGAGCUGGAGGAAGCCAAGAAAAAACUGGCCCAGAGGCUCCAGGACGCUGAGGAGAACAUGGAGGCGGUGAACUCCAAGUGUGCCUCCUUAGAGAAAACCAAGCAGAGACUCCAGGGAGAAGUGGACGACUUGAUGCUUGACUUGGAACGGGCCCACACUGCCUGCGCCACACUGGACAAGAAGCAAAGGAACUUCGAUAAGGUCCUUGCAGAGUGGAAGCAAAAGCUGGGCGAAAGUCAAGCUGAGUUGGAAGCUGCUCAGAAAGAGUCCAGAUCCCUGAGUACUGAAAUCUUCAAGAUGAGGAAUGCCUACGAGGAGGUGGUAGAUCAGCUAGAGACCCUGAGGCGGGAGAACAAAAAUCUGCAAGAAGAGAUUUCUGACUUAACAGAGCAGAUUGCAGAAACUGGCAAGAAUCUUCAGGAAGUGGAAAAGACCAAGAAACAAGUAGAGCAAGAAAAGUCAGAUCUUCAGGUUGCCUUGGAGGAGGUGGAGGGUUCCUUGGAACAUGAAGAGAGCAAGAUUUUGCGUGUCCAACUAGAGCUGAGUCAGGUGAAGUCCGAGCUUGACCAGAAAGUCACUGAAAAGGAUGAAGAAAUUGAGCAACUGAAAAGAAACAGCCAACGAACAGCUGAGGCCACACAGAGCCUGCUGGAGGCUGAAAUCCGGAGCCGGAACGAUGCCCUGAGGCUGAAGAAAAAGAUGGAGGGAGACCUCAAUGAAAUGGAGAUUCAGUUGGGUCAUGCCAACCGCCAGGUGGUGGAGACCCAGAAGCACCUGCGCACAGUCCAGGGCCAGCUCAAGGAUUCCCAGCUGCACCUGGAUGACACCCUGAGUAACAACGAGGACCUCAAGGAGCAGCUGGCCAUUGUGGAGCGUAGGAAUGGGCUCCUGCUGGAGGAGCUGGAGUCGAUGAAGGUGGCAUUGGAGCAGACAGAGCGGACCCGCCGGCUGUCUGAGCAAGAGUUGCUGGAUGCCAGUGACCGGGUGCAGCUCCUACAUUCGCAGAACACAAGCCUGAUAAAUGCCAAGAAAAAACUGGAGGCUGACAUAGCUCAGUGCCAGGUGGAAGUGGAGAACUCCAUCCAGGAGUCCAGAAAUGCAGAGGAGAAGGCCAAGAAAGCCAUCACUGACGCGGCCAUGAUGGCUGAGGAGCUGAAGAAGGAGCAGGACACCAGCGCCCACCUGGAGCGGAUGAAGAAGAACCUGGAGCAGACGGUGAAGGACCUGCAGCAUCGUCUGGAUGAGGCCGAGCAGCUGGCCCUGAAGGGAGGCAAGAAGCAGAUCCAGAAACUGGAGACGCGGGUACGGGAGCUGGAAACUGAACUAGAUGCUGAGCAGAAGAGGGGGGCUGAAGCUCUCAAGGGGGCCCACAAAUACGAAAGGAAAGUCAAGGAAAUGACUUACCAGGCCGAGGAAGACCGCAAGAACAUUCUGAGGCUCCAGGACCUGGUGGACAAGCUGCAGGCCAAAGUGAAAGCUUACAAGAGGCAGGCUGAGGAGGCUGAAGAGCAGGCCAACACGCAGCUGUCCAGGUGCCGGCGAGUCCAGCACGAGUUGGAGGAGGCAGAGGAGAGAGCAGACAUCGCUGAGUCCCAGGUCAACAAGAUGAGGGCCAAGAGCCGGGAUGUGGGCAACCAGGUAAGCGCAGAUACCUGUGUGUGGCUUCUUCCCAAGGAGUCCUGA